AUAUAAAACACCGUUUAAAAAGCGGGAAAAGUAAUUUUCAAGAUUUUUUUGCUCUUUUCUUUUUCAAGACAGAAUUCGAAUCGGUCAGGAUGCUGGACCUGGAGGUAACUAAGACUCAUUUAGCGAGUCAAUUGAAAAUUGGUCAAAUUGUUGGAACGUCAGCACAAAAUGCACAUCAGAUCGCUGUAAGAGGCAAUUUAUUAGCUUAUACGGCUAGUGGAGGAGUCGUUGUUUGCACCCUUGAUUCAGAUAAUCCGUCAAUAGUAUCUCAAAGAUUUUUUUGCGCCAAUAUUAGCACUAAUAAUUCAAAUACUUCGUCCACCUCGUCUGCCAAUGCUUAUUUGAACAUGGCAUUCCCCAAUGAAUUGGGCCCUGCAUCUGAAGGUGCCGAAAAUAAAAAAGAUUCUUUUGGAUUCCCAGUUUCUCAAACUGCCGCUAUAGUUGCCGGUUCCAAUGUUCCUCAGAAUGAUACCUUGUCCGCUGAUACCUCUAACAAUUCUCAGUCUAAUGGAUCUAAAUUAAAGGAUCGUGUAAGGUCAAUUAGUUGUAUUGCUUUGUCUCCAAAUAAGAAGGUAUUAGCUGUAGGUGAAGCUGGAUAUCAGCCCAGGAUAUUGCUUUUUUCAUUGGCACCAGAUCUGUCCAGUAAUCCUGUUGCUAUCAUUCAUGAACAUACCUUUGGUAUUACUUCUAUAGCAUUUUCUCCAGAUCUGAAAUACUUCUGCUCUUUAGGAAUGGUCAAUGACGGAUUUUUAAAUGUUUGGAAGUACAAUUCAUCUUUCGUAUAUCUCCAUGCAACUAACAAGUGCUCAUCUGUCAUUAAUCAAUUACUUUGGCACGAAAACUUUAUCAUAACAUUAGGUUUAAGAUUGAUAAAAGUUUGGUAUUAUGAACCCGAGGAAAAAGAUGCUGCAAAUCAUGGAUCAACCGGGCCACCCAAGACUCUGGCAUUAAAAGGAAGAAAUGUUUUAUUAGGCUCUAAUAUUAAUUCUAACUUCAUCUGUGGUCAUGCUCUUAACAAUGAUGAAGUACUAUUAAUUACUGAUAAUAAUCAAUUUCUUUUAUUGAAACUUACUUAUGAUAGCUUGAACGUCGUUCCACUUGAACCACCAGCUAAUGAGUUCAACAAUAUUUUCGUGGAUUACGAACUGCUGAGGCUCUGGUUCUCAUCCACUGGUACAGAAAUAGACAGUAUCCCAAUUCAUGAUAUCUGCCAUAAUAAAGAUGUGAGCCAAACACCUUCUUCGCCUUCUAAAUUGAACAUGAUGAUUGCCAACCCUGCAUCUUCUCCUCAUAAAUCUACGUUUCACGACAACAAUUUUCAAAUAAGUUGCAUGAUAGAUUAUAACGAAGACUAUUUCAUUUAUAUGACGACCUCAGAAGAAAUAAUACUUCGAAAUAAAUUUCAAAAUGAUUGCGAAAAAAAAUUGGUCCCAUCGCUAUUGAAAAAUAUAUCGGGUGUGACUGAAACCUUCUCCAGAAAUUUGAUUGCGUUUUCAAGCCAUGGUGUUGUCAAAAAAAUUCACGAGUCUUCGGAAAAUGAUUACACUUGUCUUGAUGAAGUCUUACAGUUCAACUUACCUUCUAGUGACGUUGUUCAAAAUGGAUUGACUGCUGCUAAUUCGUCAAAUAUAACGCAGAACCUAUACCUUGGUGAUAAGUUCGGUCAAUUAUACAUCUUGAAGCUCGAAAACGAAAAGCUGUAUUCUGUUCAAUUUCAAACCAAAGCUCAUUCUUCUUCUGUGAAUGAUAUCACAUACUUCGAAGUUGAAAAUUUCGAAUUCAUUUGCAGUGUUGCAAGAGAUCGUAUGAUUCAAAUUUUUUACAAAUCACCCCAAUCAAAUUGGGAAAUUCUCCAAACAAUACCUACACACACCGGUAAUUUACUUAAAGUUGAAUAUAAAGACUCUAAGGUUUUCGUUUGUUCAACUGAUAGGACUGUAUCUAUCCAUAAAGUUGCCAUUGGAGAAGACGGAUCUGUAAAAGUUCAGCAAGAAAAAAUCAUUACGUUUAAGAAUAGUCCGUUGAAUAUGAAAAUAUUUGGAGAUGAUCUUAUAAUAUCCACAAAUGACCGCAGCAUGUUAAUAUACAAGGCGAAUGAUACUUACGAAUUACAACGAACAUUGAAAUUACAUAACGAACGGAAUGAGUCAUUGUUAGUUGAAAAUUAUGUGGUUCACCAUAAUGUGAUUUUCGUUCUGGCUUCGGACAAAUCUUUAAGAUCAUUCAGCUAUUCAACCGGUAAAGCGCUCUCGAUUGCUUGGGGGCAUCUGGAAAGUAUCCUUAGUCUCUGUAUGAGUAGUGAAUCAGAAAAUGAGUUGUAUUCUAUUAGUGCUGAUGGGUGCUUGUUUAAAUGGAAAUUGGCUGAAAAUCAACAAAAAGCGAACUCUAUCAGCCAUGAAACCCAUAAUACUACUGCGAAUAACAGUCCUGUUCAAGACAGCGUUCCUUUAUAUUCCAAGGUAACUAGAAAAAUAGUUCCAACAGUUCCAUCUAUAAGUUCUACUCAAACCCCGACCAAAAGACGCAGUUUUCACUUCUCUAAUCUGGAUACUCACGCGGAUACUGAAAGUAGAUCACCAAGUCCUAAGUUAUCUAAUGCUACGUUGAAACGAAUGGAAGCUCGAAAGAAACAAGGAGAAUUAUCACCUACAAAGGAUGUCGAGCAAUCUCAAAGAUUAUCAAGGCCUUCACACUUAUCAUUACAACCACAUAAGGCAGCUAGUAAUCAGCGUCCGAUAUCUCCCACAAGAGCAAGAUCGCCAAGUAGGGUUCAUUUGUCACCAUCCAAAAUCCAAAGUUCACCAUCAAAACCACCAAGGCCCAAUGCUCUGGUCUCUCCCAUUAAACAUGAUUCAGGUUCUAUAGGGGUUGGUCAUUUGAGUAAGAAGCCACUGAUUGAUUUAUUGCGGAACUUAUCUCGUAAACCGAGUGAAACCGAUUUUGCCAUGCACAGAGCAGCCAUUGGUACUGCUGAUGCCCAUGCCGAAGACUUUAUGGAAAGAUCCAUAGCAUAUUUAGCCAUUAUUAAGAGUCGAGUUAACAGAGAACAAUUGACAAAUGAUGAUAAAAGAAAAUUGAAGAACGAACUUUUGGGAAUACUCGAACUUAU